AUGUCGUCGGAGAGUGACGAGGUAGCGCGCAACGCAUGGCUGUUUGUGUUCAAGACGAGAAAGUUCACCGUACGACACGAUGAUGACCUGGAGAAAGGUCGCAUCAUCUAUACCGACUUCAAGGCUAUUGUUCGCGCACAGUUUGCCGGCCGCAGUAGCAAGGACGUGGCACGAGAUGCGCGGGAGAGCCUGCUGAAGGCGUUCAAGAAACUGGAUCUGAACAGCGACGGGUACCUAAGCCGUGCGGAGCUGACACGGAUGCUAACAAAGCGCUGGAUAGACGGUGUGCUGGCGAUCAUGAUCGACCACAUUCUCUUCCUCUCGCGGAGACCUUUCCAGGAAGCCCUAGAUUGUGGCAGUGAUGCUGUGUCUGUAAGGCAGAUGCAGAGGAGGUCGGCAGAAAUCCGACAGGCGAAAGAGGUAGUCUGUGGGGGCACUGUUGGUGUCGGUAAGCAAGAUGCCUAUGAGCUGCGUAGUAUGGUUUCGUCACCAAUGGUUGUGGCAUGCAACCUCACAGAGAUUGUCCUUUUCUUCUUGGACCAGUACGAGGAGGCUGCCUUACAUCUUGAUCUCGGAAUCUAUUUAUGGGUCUUUGACUCCUUUGUCAAGGAGUGUAAGCACAUUGAUUUGAAAAUGGCAUGCGAGGUAGAGCAAGGUGACCCAAUGUCCGAAGAUGAAGUCGCUGCCAUAUUCAAGAUGGCUGAUCGUAACGGAGAUGGGAGGCUCGACUUUGAAGAGUUUGCCAGCAUUUUUGAGUCGACGUUGAAGGCAUCUCAGCGUGCAGCCAAACGCAAACAGGAUGGACGUGCGAGCGCCAAACACGACCGAGAGCAGCAGCUGAACAGCACACGCCAGCACGAGGAUGCACAGCGACAGCUGCUCGGGGAACUUGAGAAGCAGCGUCAGGCGGUCGCAGAGGAGCGCGAUCGACUCACAGAGCAGCAGAGGCAGUACAAGGACGAGGUCCGGACUCUGUGCGAGCGCGUGGCCCAGGCCGAGAGUGCCGCAACGAUGGCCAAGCAAGAGGCCGCCGAGGCCAGGGAGAAAGCUCGGCAUGAAGCCGAGGCCGAGGAGAGAGCGCGGCGCGAAGCCGAGGAGCUUGCGGCGACAUCGGCAAAGACGCGGGCGUUGAGCACCGCGCCCGGUCCAUCCCCGCCCAGCCUGGCCGUGCCCGGCGGCCACGAGUUGCAAUCGUCAGCCAGCGACACAAACCUGCUACACUGGCAAGGAGUACCGGUGCCAGCACCCCCUGCGGGGUUACCCCCAGUGCAUGGCAGGCGUAAUAGACUACGGAAUGUACGCGAUUCAGGCAAUGUACCUGUGCGGGUAAAGGAUGUGAAAACUGGAUCCGAAGCCAGCACACCGGCAGAAGAAAAACGCACCGAAGCGGAGCCAAGCGUCACGGCCGAAUCAACUGCGAUCAGUGUUGUCAUGCCGACGGAACCUUGUGCUGAUCCCGCUCCAGAGGAAACGCCAAGCAACACCCAAGACCAGCCUGCACCAGCCUCUAGCAGCACUGCCUCUGUUCACAGUCUAACCACCGAACCACCCAUUAAAGAUCCAACACACGAGGUGACAGAGCAGAAAGCAACCACCAGCAGCAGCAGCAUCAGUAUCAGCAGCAUCAGCAUCAGCAGUGCAGAAAGCAAAGCAGAUGAGAAGACAUCCAUGCCAGCAGCGGAUGACAUUGAGGACGCAGCGGAAGAGUCCAUCGUCGAUGAGCUUGCCGACCAGAACAAUUUGAGCGCUGCACUGGACGACAUCCUGUUUGCAACAACACGACUGCUCAAGAGGAUAGUGACAAGUCCGCAAGCCGUCAUCUCCUCUGCCAGCCUUGAAGCAGCUGCCACAGAGCAGGAUAAGGAAAGCCAGCCUGCAGCAGAGCCAGACCAACCUGGCCAGCCAGAAGAAAAUAAGUCGGCUACGGAAGCCAAGCCUGAGGCGGCGCAAGAGGAUGCGAGUGAAGUACAAGAUGAUGAUGAAAAUCAACCGUCCAGGAAAGCUUCUGCUAACCGCGAUGAAGAUAGCGACAGUGAGCAGCUUGAACUCUUGGUCACCGAGAUGCAGGAACAGCUCGGCGAGACGAGGAGAGAGCAGGCGAACACCGGAGGAGACGACAGCGGCCAGGGUGAAGACGACAAGGAGGAUAGCGCUGAAAGGCUCUCACAACCCUCACAGGCAAGCAUAUCGUCCAUGCCUGCUGCAGAGAAAGAGGCAGUGGAAGCCAAGGAAACUGAAGAAGAAGAAGAAAAAGAAGAAAAUGCCAAGGUAGAGGACACACCUAGUUCUACCGGGGAGCCUGCAGAGAGCAGUCAAGCCGAUGGAAGGCAGCCAAAGGAUGACGAGAAAGGAGACGAGCAAACAGAGCAGAAGGGCAUGUGCACACUUUCUUCAGCGGAGAUUCCAUCCACUUCCGAGUUGAAGGAUUGGCUGUGUAUGUCCUUCAAGGGAUGUAUAUUUGCUAAUGAUGCCAGCGCUAUCUGCACACACCAGUACCUGCUGACCGUCACCAAGAAGACAAGGCUGUUUGGAACGCUCACGCUGAAAGGUCCUGCAAAGCCUAUUGAUGUCGGGAUUGCGUUGGCCAAAAUCAAGCAGCCGGCGAGUAAGGACGGUAGCGACGAAGACAUCAACUCUGCGCCGGAACUGUUGGAAGCUGUCAUCUCGAAUGCAGUGCAGGAUGAUGCAGUAUGCGUAGUGGCAGAUGUUGAUCCGGGGGAGUAUGUGUUCUCACCCUUCACAUCCUGUGCCAAGCUAGAGUCAGUGUUCUCAUCCCCGGACCGGGUGAACAUCGAUGAAGAGAACACGGAGAGUAACGGUGAAAUGCUGACGGCCGAUGAGAAGAUGCUGCCCCGUGUAAAAGCAGCGUUUGAGGAAGUAUUUCGCCGCCAUGACUUGGACGGAAGCGGUGGGUUGGAUCGGGACGAGUACACAUAUUUUCAUGAGCGCUGCGGGGAGGACAGUCUUGGAGACGAAGACUGGCAGGUCAUCAUAGAUAACUUCACCACGAAUCCCUCCGGAGAACUGACCCUGAACGGAUUUCUGCAGCUGCAGAUGGCAAUUCUACGCGAUACGGUUGACAGCAACAAUCUGGAGUCCUGGCGUAUCAUUGACGCAAUGGGGUACAAUAGAAAACUGGAGCUGGUGGAGGCCUGGCCAUUCUCUUGUGAGGUGAACAUGAGUAGUGAUGACGAGGCAUCGGUGUCCGUCUACGAACUCACGCCAGAUCCAACCAUAGCCGACGGAGCACUGGAGUACGCCGCGUGUCGUCAUGGUGACAAACUGCAGCUGUCCGACGACACGGCAGACUCUUCCACGACUGGCGCAUUGGAGGUGUAUUCCUUGCCGUGGGGAGUCGGGCACUGUGAAACGAUCGUGGCUUGGAACAGGGGCAGCGACAGUGUCUCCGUGACCUGCGACUUGUCCGACUGCAGCAACAUUGUCAGCAGCCGCCAUCAGACCAAUACUUCCGAUGUGCUUGUUGCCGGGGAGACCAAGAUUCUUCACCAUCUUGUAGCUGACAGCGGAGGCAAAGAGGCGAAAGUGGUAUGCAAGGUUUCAAGUGCAAGUGCCUGAUUUCCCAACGGUUGACCUUUUAGCACGACUGGCCAACCUGGGGUUUUGCCGGGCUUAUGACGCCAAUCACCAUCAUGCAAAUAAUACAACUUCGCUCUGCGUGUUGAAUCUAGUGGCAAGAGAACAGUGUCUGAAUCGGAUAUAACUACUUGCUUGCUUUUUGUUUAGCAUGCAUGGAUGUUGCUGCUCGAUACUGCGAGAGCUGCUAACGUUGCAUGCUCUACACACUAGAGGAUCCUGGCUUGGGUGUCAACUGCAUGUAGGACUGAGGAAGUGUUGUUGGAUGGCUGGAACUGUGGCACUGGCAUGUUCCUCUCCACCUGUAUGCGUGUGCGUAAUUUCUUUUGAAGGACUUGAAAUUAAAAUGGUCAUAAUUAUUGUCUGCAUGUCUUGUACGAUACUCAGUUUAUGAUCAGAGA